AUCAGUUGUCAGUUCGCAUCCAACUUGUAAGCAGGUAGAGACCGUAUAUAAUGUUUUAAGCUUAAAAGCCACGAGGUCGUUUGUUACUCAAAAAAAAUUUUUUUACAAAAAUCUGGAUUAAUUCAACUACAAAAAUUAAACGGUUUAUAAACAAAUAUUACGAAAUAUUUUUCAAAUUGGAAUUGUUUUUCUUUUAAUUUGGUUUAUAAAAUAAUUUAUAAAUAAAGUAUUUUAUAUACUUUUGACUAAAUAAAGUGCUAUAGUUGAUGAUAAUUAUUUGAUGAAUUAUUUAAAUUUAAAAAAUAAUAUAGAAAAAAGUAAAAGAAAAUUAAAAAAAAAAAAACAAAUCAAAAAUAUUAAGAUCAAUAACAUCAUCAUAUUUAUUAUUUGAAUCAAUCAACAGUGGUAGUGGUUUUAUUGUAGUGUUCCCCCCAAAAUCAAAUAAAAAAAAGUAAUAAUUAAAUAAAUAAAAUAAAAACAGAAAUAUCAACUAAUAAAACGAGAGUGAAAGAAAAUUGAAAAGAGAAAAUACAGCAGCAGGCGUUUAUUGAAUUUUUAUUAUAAUUUAAAGAAAUACUUUUUUAAAACGGUGCGAUUAGAAAAUAUCGUUUAUUUGUAAAUAGAUCGGAGAACUAGAGUGGAAAAAAACCUAACUACAACUACAAUUGAUUGAACAUAAAACUUUUUUUUUCUCAAAAAACGUUUUAAUAAAAAGCGCAAAACUGCAACUAUUAAACGAUCCAUACGCCAUUAUAAUGGACGGCUUUGCCCAUGAUUGGCCAACGCCAACGUCACGUACAGAUAAUAAUGCUCUGCAAAUGGAUUUAGUAGCAGAAUUACAUGAUGGUGGUUUUGAGCCGCAGACAAGAGCCAGAUCAAAUACAUGGCCAUGUCCAAGACCAGAAAAUUUCGUUGAUCCACCCGAUGAGUUGGAGAGCACAAAGGCUAGUAAUCAACAUUUGGCUGGAGAUUCACAACAAACUGUUCCUAAUGUGAGUGCCGCCAAAAAGAAUUCAUCGCGUCGUAAUGCCUGGGGCAAUUUAUCUUAUGCUGAUCUUAUAACACAUGCCAUUGGUUCUGCCACUGAUAAACGUUUGACCCUGAGCCAGAUCUAUGAAUGGAUGGUACAUAAUGUACCGUAUUUUAAGGACAAAGGUGAUUCGAAUAGUAGUGCGGGCUGGAAGAACUCAAUUAGACAUAAUCUCUCUUUACAUAAUCGUUUUAUGCGUGUUCAAAAUGAGGGCACUGGCAAAUCAUCCUGGUGGAUGUUGAAUCCUGAUGCUAAACAGGGUAAAUCAGUGCGUAGACGUGCUGCCUCAAUGGAAACGUCACGUUAUGAGAAACGUCGGGGGCGUGCCAAAAAACGUGUUGAAGCUUUGCGUCAAGCUGGUGUAACGGGUCUCAAUGAUAAUACCCCCUCGCCUAGCAGUAGUAUAAGUGAGGGUCUGGAUCAUUUUCCUGAAAGUCCUUUGCAUAGUGGUUUUCCCAUAUCGCCGGACUUUCGUCAACGUGCUUCAUCGAAUGCUAGUUCCUGUGGACGUUUAAGUCCAAGACAAAAUGUUGUUGGUUUGGAAUUUGAAUGGGGCUUUCCUUCUGAUUAUCAAAACUCAGCACCAGCUGCCACCAUGGAUAAAUUGGCUGGUUCAAUGGCUGAAGAAUUGACACUACAAAAGGAUCUAAUGCAACAACAACAACAGCAGCAGCAGCAACAACAACAGCAACAAGGAUUUAGUGCAGGCACGGGCAUGCCCACUCAACCACCACCACCAUAUCCUACCAAUACACAACAACAAACCUACACGCUUAAUGGACCCCUCUCACAGGGCUACAGCAACUUACCAACUCAACAGUGUAUGUUGCACCGUUCAUUAACCUGCACCUGUUUGCAUUCAACACGUGAGGGUCUCUCACCAAAUUCAGUAAAUACAAUGUCACCCGCCUAUCAAAAUAGUGAACCUUCAUCGGAUUCCUUAAAUACCUACACAAAUGUUGUCAUUGAUGGCCAAUCAGGGGUAACGUCCGAUAAUAGUGGUUCUAAUGUCUUAAUGGUACAACAGCAACAACAACAGCAGCAGCAACAGUUGCAGCAACAACAACAACAACAACAGACACAACAACUUAGCUCAAAUUUAGAAGAUAAUAAUUGCGCAUCAACUUUAAUAGGACAAUAUUUGGGUGCAUUGAAUAAUGAGCAGGCACCAAUUGACGAAUUUAAUAUUGAAAGUUUUCAAGGUGGUUUAGAGUGCAAUAUUGAAGAGUUAAUGCAACAAGAAAUUAGUAUUGAUGGUCUGCUAGACAUCAAUAUACCCUUGACAGCUGUGAACAGUAGUACAGUGAAUAAUAGUGUUUGUAAUACAGGACUAAUGGUUGCUGGUAGUACAACAACUACGGCUGCAUCAGCCUUAAAUACACAACAACAACAACUUAAUCAAUUGCAGGCACAAUUACAACAACAACAGCAGCAGCAACAACAACAACAGCAACAACAACAUCAUCAACAAUUGCCAUCAAUGCUUAACAACAAUAAUAAUACAACAACAAUGACAACUGGCUUAGAAUUGUCAACACAAGCACCGACAGCCAACCUCAACGCCAGAGUACAAUAUUCCCAACAGAAUGUGGUGACACCGCCCUCAUGGGUCCAUUGAUAUCAUCGGGUCGACUAUUAUUCCUUACAAUAGAAACACAUAAAAAACGGCAAAGAAACACACAGAUACAAUUAUAGUUUAAAGGCAAAAUUUACAGAGAAAUCUUUAAAAACUAAAAAUAUAAGAGAGAAAGUUUUAAUCCUGCAAUAAGGAUUUCAGAACAAGAUUAUACAUAUAAACAUAUUUAUUGGACGCCAAAAGAUCUAUAGUUAUCAAAUUAAAUAAUAUAAAAUAUAAUUUAAUUAAAUUUUAUAUUAUUUGAUAUAUUUUUUUAAAAGAAUUGUAUCAUAGAAAAAAAAGGAAUCAUAUUUUGCCAAAAUCCCUAACCAGGACAUCAGAAAACUACAACCUAUAAACUAAUUGUAUUAGGAAUAACACCGAAAACUACUGCUGCAAACAACCAACCAACCAACAAUCAUCAACUAUUUCUUAAUAAUUUCAAACAAAAUAAUAACCGUUAUUUUAAGGACAAUAGUGUAAAUAAACAACAACCAAUCUAAACUCAACAACUUUAAAAUUUUUGCAACGUUGAAAAAUUUAUAAACAAAACAAAGUUAUAUCUGGUCGCCUAAUAAUAUUUACAUAGAAUAAUUUAAAGAAAAUUAUAAAUAAACAACAAAUAAAAAUACAUAUUACAAUAAAUAAAUAAGAAACUUAUUAGUUGUUAAGUCUAUUAACAAGAAAUAGUAAAAAUUUAUAAACAAAACAUUUAAAAUUUAAAACAAAGAAAGAAAAAAAAACAA